GUAUUAGUAACGGGAGAGCAGCUGGGAGGCUGCCGUUAAGAGAUCAGCCAUGCUUGGAGGCAUCUUCAAAGAUGUGUUGGUCACAGUGACUCUACUCUUUCUAACUCAGACAUGGACUCAGUGCAGGGCUGAAGUUGAUUUUUCAUUAGUUACUUUACCAGAUUGGAGAAAAAAUGCAGAGUAUGGUACACAGUGUUCCUACGACGGACAUAACAAUCAGAUGUGUGACUCUACCCAACUAAGAACAGUCUGUCCCAUAAACUGUGACUUUGAAAAUAAUCUGUGUGGGUGGGAGCAGCUCAUGCAGGACAGUUUUGAUUGGACAAGACAUUCAGGACCCACAAAAUCAAGCUUAACUGGCCCGAACCAAGACCACACCACUGGAGCUGGUUUCUACAUGUAUAUUGAAGGAAGUAGUGUAACCCAUGGAGAUUCAGCUCGUCUUCGGAGCUCAAUGUGCAAUUAUGAUGGACCACUCUGGCUGAACUUCUGGUACCAUAUGUAUGGUUCAGCCAACGCCAUGGCCCUCAAUAUCUACCUGCUCAAAGACAAUAAAGCUACUAAACUCUGGUCCAUAAUGAACAACCAAGGUCCAGAAUGGCAUCUAGGACAUGUUUAUAUCAGAGUCACUGGUCCAUUCCAAAUUUUAUUUGAGGGAAUUCGAGGCUCCGAUGCUCAAUCAGAUGUGGCCAUCGAUGACAUUUCCAUAAACUUUGGCUCAUGUUUAGGUAGUGUCCCUGGACUGGUUAGUGGAACUGUGUUUCCCUCCUCAGAUGUGGAAGUCCUCCCCUCACACCCAGUCUGCAAUUUGGACUGUAGCUUCGAUAGCAGUCUUUGUAGCUGGAGUCAGAUGACCAGAGAUGCUUUUGACUGGACAUGGCAAAGAGGUUCCACCCCCACUCUGAUGACUGGGCCCUCUGCGGACCACAUUGGUGAUGGUCGUUAUCUUUACAUCGAGGCCAGCAGCGUGACGCAUGGAGACACGGCUCGUCUCAUCAGCUCUGAGUGUUCUGACUCUGGUCCUCAGUGUCUGCAGUUCUGGUACCACAUGCACGGCUCAGCAGAUACAAUGGGCCUCCAUGUUUACCUGCUCCAGGACAGACAAACAAAAGUUGUUUUGUGGAAGACUAAUGACCAGGGAUAUAUGUGGCAAAUGGCUCAGGUGGACAUCAGAACAACUCGAGCUUUCCAGAUUAUCAUUGAGGGACGUAGAGGCUCCAAUGAAAAGUCAGAUUUGGCAAUAGAUGAUGUAAAGCUUUAUCGUGGACGAUGCUCUGAUCUGAGUGAUGUUGAGUCAACAAGUCCUUCCAAACCUGAUGGUUCUCCCGUAGUGGCAGCAACAACCGACUUUAAUAAGGACGUUACUCAAGCUCCAGAUAACAGACACCCAGUAUGCCAACUCAACUGCAACUAUGAACAAGAUCUAUGUCAGUGGACCCAACUUGCUGAUGUUAUCGAUUGGACAAGGCAUAGUAGCUCUACCCCAACUAUAAUGACUGGGCCUUCUUCAGAUCACACUACGGGAGGUGGCCACUAUCUUUACAUCGAAGCCAACAGCGCGUCACAUGGUGACACAGCUCGUCUCAUUAGCUCCGAGUGUUCUGACUCUGGUCCUCAGUGUCUGCAGUUCUGGUACCACAUGUACGGCUCAGCAGAUACAAUGGGCCUCCAUGUUUACCUGCUCCAGGAUAUAUUAGCUGAUGCUGUUUGGUGGAAGAGAAAUUACCAAGGAAAUAUUUGGCACCUGGCUCAGGUGGACUUGGCAACAUCUGGACCUUUCCAGGUUAUAUUUGAGGGGCGAAUAGGUUCCAAUGAUCAGUCUGAUGUUGCCAUAGAUGAUGUAUCACUUCAUCGUGGACACUGCAGAGACCUAGCUCAACCAACAACUCCUGCAACAACAGCUACACCACAACCAUCACAAACUACAGUUAAACCACAACCACCAACUACAGCUACACCAAAGCCAUCACAAACUACAGUUAAACCACAACAACAGCUACACUACAACCACGAACUUCAGCAAUACCACAACCUACAACAACCUACAACAACUAAUAAACCACAUUCGACAACAGGUAGACCACAACCUCCAACUGAAGCUCUACCACAGCCAGAAACCACAGCUACACCAAAGCCAUCACAAACUACAGUUAAACCACAACAACAGCUACACCACAACCACCAACUUCAGCAAUACCACAACCUACAACAACCUACAACAACUAAUAAACCACAUUCGACAACAGGUAGACCACAACCUCCAACUGAAGCUCUACCACAGCCAGAAACCACAGCUACACCAAAGCCAUCACAAACUACAGUUAAACCACAACAACAGCUACACCACAACCACCAACUUCAGCAAUACCACAACCUACAACAACCUACAACAACUAAUAAACCACAUUCAACAACAGGCAGUCCGCAGCCUACAACUACAGCUACACCACCAUCAACAACAACGGCAAGACCUCAACCACCAGUUACACCUGUACCAACACCCUCUUGUCCAGAGAACAGUCACUACACCACGUGUGUCCCUGCCUGCAGUCCAACCUGCACACACCUGAAUGGCCUACCACGUUGCACUGAAAAUGAGGGUUGUGUGCAGGGAUGUGUAUGUGAUGAAGGCUUUGUUCAGAAAAAGAGGGUUUGUGUGCCUAUCGAACAAUGUGGUUGUGUGGAAAGGAAUGGCACCAAAUAUGAUUUCUCUGAUGUGUGGUACACCAAUCACUGCAGUCAGAAAUGUGAAUGUGAGAAAGACCAUGGCGUCGGUCGGAUUGACUGCGAUGACAAAGAAGAGUGCGAUGGAAAAGCUGUUUGCCUUCAAAAUGAUGAGGGCAAUUAUUACUGCCAGUCUACAGGCUUCAGUGAGUGCACCAUCAGGGAAGGCCCUGAAUACAGAUCAUUUGAUAAAAUGAAACACAAGUUUAAGGGUGACCACUCGUAUGUGCUGGUCCGGACCAACUACUUGCCACAUAACCUUCCACAUGUCUACAUCGAGGGUAUCAACACUGUAAAGGAUGAGGAUGAUAGUCAUCAACAUGACGACAGCAGCAGUGAAGAAGACCACAGUCGCAGAGUUAUGUAUGAUGGUGAUGAUGAUGAAGAUGACCAUGAUGAUGAUAAUAGCAAACAUGCUCACUCACGUAAACAGCACAAGAACAAGAACAAGAACAAGAACAAGAACAAGAACCACAGCUCAAGUGAAGAGCACAAGGAGAACCACAGCUCAAGUGAAGAGCACAAGAACAAGAACAAGAACAAGAACAAGAACCACAGCUCAAGUGAAGAGCACAAGGAGAACCACAGCUCAAGUGAAGAGCACAAGAACAAGAACUAUAACAAGAACAAGAACAAGAACAAGAACAAGAACAAGAACAAGAACAAGAACAAGAACAAGUACAAGAACAAGUACCACACACAUGAUCGCUCAAGUGAAGAGCACAAGGAGAACUACAGCUUACAAGAGCUUAAGAUCAGAGUGUAUAAUCAUACUGUGGUAUUAAAGAAAAACCUGAGGCUGGUUGUGGAUGGAAGGAGAACAAAAAUUCCCGCCUCACCGACUGCUGGUCUAAAAAUCAGGGAACUUUGUUCUCGCAUCUCCCUGAAGACCGACUUUGGCCUCUCCGUGGAUUUUGACGACCAUGGCAGAGCAGAGAUCAUUCUACCCCGCAUAUAUAAAAGGAAAGUUGGGGGUCUGUGUGGGAACUUUGACGGUAAAAAAAACAAUGACAUGAUGAAGCCAGAUGGUACCAGGGCCAAGAACGUUAAAGAGUUUGGAGAGAGCUGGAGAAUGUGAAAGAUUGGUGGACGUCGGGAUAAGACAUCAAAAAUACUCUGUGGAAAUGUUGACGACAAGUUGUAACAUCACUGUGGCAUUCACAAAAAAGCUCAACACUGAUGAACUUUCAAGUCCAUUUUUUAAGAACUAACAAACUUUCAUGAAAUAUCUCACAUCUUUAAUUUUUUCAAGAAAUCCUUGUACUCCUUGUGAGAUGUAUCAGAUGUUGUCCGUUGUCAUUAGGGUAACAUAUUUGUUAUGCAUGACAAUACAAUUAUGUAUCAAUAUCCAAUAUUGUUGGAAAGAAACUAUGUAACUUGUACCUGUUCAUAAAGUGUAUUUGAAUGACAAAUGAUUAAGUACUGCGGUUACAUUGGUGUAGCCAUUAGUCUAGACAUUUCAGUCUCAAGUGUAGCUACAACUGCAUUCUUGACAUUUCUACAGUCUGUGUCUGAUAAUUAGUUACAGUAAGAAAAACGUUUACACAACUUCUGUAACAUGAUAUAAUUCUGAAGACAAAGGCAGAUGUAUUUUCUGUGAAGACAAUAGGAUUAUUGUCAUCACGAGUGUACCUAUAAAUAAGCCGUUACACUCAACAGCGACAGAGUCAUGGGUCGGUUUUCAUUUUGCUGCUUUGUCCUGUCGAGCUUGCUACCGCUCUGUAAUGGUGAGUAAAACAUCAUUUAAUAUUGAACAGUUUACCAAAGUAAUAUCGUGGUAUAAUUAUCUUAAUUUCCUUUUUUUCAGUUUCUUAUUGAUAG